AUGGUAAAUCGCCAGGUUGCAACAAUCGCUUGGUUUGAAGCAGAUUCUGUUUGUGGCAGUCAUUCUGUAGCUAUUCCUCUUGUUCUUGUGUUCCCCUACUUGUGGCGUUUCUUCCAAUGUCUCCGGCAGUACAAGGAUACAAAGGAGAAGACAUGUCUCUUGAAUGCUCUCAAGUACUCAACAGCAAUUCCUGUGAUUUUUCUUUCUGCUCUCAAGUAUCAUGUGUAUCCUGAUCAGUGGGUUGGUUUCUACAGGCCUCUCUGGCUGAUCUCUAGUGUUAUUAAUUCACUGUAUUCCUUCUACUGGGAUAUAAAGCGAGAUUGGGAUCUGAGCAUCCUAACCAGGAUUUUCAUGUUCAAAAACCCAAGCAUAUGGACUAAUCUUCUUUAUGGGCAGAACUGGGUAUUCUACUGGGUGUUGGGCAGCAAUUUGGUUCUGCGAUGCACAUGGACAUACAAGCUCUCGGCGCAUCUUCGGCACAACUACCUGACAGUGUUCACCAUAGCAGCUCUGGAUAUACUGAGACGGUGGGCAGUGGGUGUUCUCCGAGUCGAGAAUGAGUGGAACAAGAUGACAGCCAAAAAAAACUUGGAGAUGUCAUCUGACAUGCCUUCGGAAGGAGACAGGCUACUGGAUUCUAGUAACCAUACAAUAUGA